GGAAUCACGAACGCGACGACUAUCUCCAACCAAUUUCUUCAACUCCUGCCCAUGUCUUGAUUGCUCUCCAUUUCCCUUAUUGUUCUACACAGUCCUCCAUUUUCCUUAUCGCCCAGCAUGUCACGACCUAAAGCGACCUUGAUCAAACCUCCUCCACCAUCCGACGACAAAGCGCCGAUCGAAGACGUACUCGAACUCACACAUCUCAAUGAUAUUGACCCGAAUCUAUUCACAAAUACACGGCCUCUAUGGCAUCCUCCCGGAGCCCGAGGAAUCUACGGCGGAGCCGUGAUCGCCCAAUGCCUCGCCGCAGCACAAAAGACCGUCCCAGAGAACUUCCUCGUGCAUAGUAUGCACUGCUAUUUCGUCUUGAACGGCAACUCGGAGAUCCCCAUCAUCUACCACGUUGAACAUGUCCGCGAAGGCCGAAGCUUUGCGACCCGAACAGUGCAAGCGAGACAACGCGGACAGCCUAUCUUCACCACCACACUCUCCUUCAUGCGCGAAGGGUCAGGGGGCAAGCAAACUGUACAGCACCAAGCCGAUAUGCCCAAGAUCGCAGACCCGGCGGACGUCGAGCCCGUAGAUAUGUUCCGCGGCGCGAAAAGCCCAUUUGUCACGCAGCGAGUCGAUAUUCUGAACAACGAUAGCACGAAACCUCACGAAAAGCGCACGAGACAAUGGAUCAAAUGCCGAGGGAAGAUCAGCGAAGAAGGUGGCACACAGGCGCAUUUGAGCGCUUUGGCGUAUAUGAGUGAUUCGUACUUCAUCGGAACCGUUGCGCGGACACAUCGUCUAUGGAGAUAUGGGAACUUGACAAAGACGAACGAGCAAGCCAAGAGCGAUGAUCCCAAGGAUCAGAAAGCAGCGCUCGUUACGGUAGAUGUGCUACAGAAAUUGAAGAGCAUGGAUCUGGAGACUUUGCGCAAGUUGGAGGGCAUGGACGACGACAUGAUCAACCAGCUGCAGUCGUUGGAGAUCAAGGAUGGGCAGAUCGUAGGCCUGAAGGAAAAGAGACCGGAGAUUGGAAUGAUGGUCAGUCUGGAUCAUAGUAUCUACUUCCACAAUCCGGGCAAGUUCCGAGCCGAUGACUGGUUGCUUGCUGAGGCUGAGACACCUUGGGCAGGCGAUGGAAGAGGUUAUGUGAAUCAAAGGAUCUUUGCGAGAGAUGGCACGUUGGUUGCGAGUUGUACGCAAGAGGGCGUGGUGCGGUUGAAACAAGAGCCUAAGAGCGAUUCCAAGUUGUGAUUUGAUACCCUUUGUGCUGAGCGACAGAUUACAAUAUGUGGUGCAUAUAGAAUUGGGCAUAGAUGUCCGAUGUUGCGACUGUGUUGUAGCAAUUUCAAACACCGGCAUUAAUAUAGCCACC